AUGAAGGAUCCAAAUCUGGUAGAAGAAGGGGAAAAACCAAAGAACAAUCGAAGGGUGAAAAUUAUUGUGGGUGGCAAAAUUUUCGAAACCACAGUCUCCACGCUGACAAGAUUGGAUGACACUGUAGACGGAGAGAGUUUUGCACUUCCAAGUGAUCGCGACGCUCGGGAAAGCCUGCGAAGAGAAGCGGAGUUUUACAAUCUGCCUGGGCUUGCGAAAAUGUGCUCGCCCGGCUUGCACGUUGGAGACUGCGUCCAGUGGAAGGACAGCGCCAUAGAAGUUUAUUGGAAGUGGUUUGCCAGGUUUGAGUACAACGGAAGGAAGACAUGUCCUUGUGCGAAUUGCGAGACUUGCGGAUGUCAGGUGUGUAGCUGCGCUGGUUGUAAAGCUCUCAGCUCGAAUGCGAGUGCCAUAAAUUAUGAUGAUUGGAUGUCUGUGAAGCAUCAAAUGAGAUUCAUGAAAGGAUAUGUGAUUAAGAUCGGAUCCAAAAACUGCUGUACUGUGGAAUGGGAUAAUGGGUGGCGCAACCACGGUCCGCAAUCUGCGCAUCGCUUGGCGACGUUUGAAUAG